AAGGUGAAUGGAAGGAAAAAAAAAAAUUUCAUGUUCGUUUUUCUAGGAAGCAGAUUUAGUGGUGAUUUAAGGACAUGUUAAAUAGACAAUAAAAGGGAUGAAAAGUCAAUGGAACAGCUAAGUAAGAUUCUGCAGGAAAAUGGGGCAAGUGCAAAUUUCUUAUCAUGCACCAGCAGAGUGGUUCCUCCAGCUGCAGAGUGUCUGGCUGCAGGGACAAAGUAGUAGCCCACAAUAGAUGGGAAACUUAGCCUGGGAAAUGAAGAGACUAAUUCGCCAUCACUGGCAUUUUAGGAGCCGUGUGAAUGAACGAAGUAACCUUUCAGCGCUGCGCAGCAAGAUUUUCACAGUGUCUGAGAAAGCAGCAGAUGGUAUCAGCCCUCCGCGGCAGAACGAGGCCUCGUCGAAGUUCCUGUCCACUAACCACAGCCACGCACUGCCAUUUGCUCGGCGGGAUGGAAUAGCCUACCUGGGACUCAGGCAGAUGAAUCACCCUUACAAACCUGAAUCCCUACCUCACGCUCUGGAUUUAAAUUUAAAACAGACGAGGUUGUUUCUGGCUUCGUUUGGGAGCCCUGCUGACACAACGAGCCCUCGCAAGCGGCGGAAGGGAGGGCACCGAGAGCAGAAACAGCCCGAUUCAAGACGGGCUACAAGUCGGCAUUCUCGCUCAAGCACUGCGGGUGCCUCUAAGGGAGCUUGCCUUCUCCUCAGGCGGCGUGUGGGCUGGUGCCUUGCCACUCCACACACCUACUUCCUGCAAUCCUGGCAAUUACCAAUAGUGCAAAACCCAGUUUCUGACGUGGCUGAGUCAGCAAGGGCUUGGCUCAAAACAAAUACAUACGCGCAAGGAGCUGCAGCCUGGGAAGCAGUGACAGGAGGCACAUGAAGAGAAGGAGGCAUCGGGGAUUUUUAGCGUUCUGGGUCCAACCUGGCUGAAUCGUCCCUGGACUCGCUUCUUCCGACGUCCCAGCAAACUGGUGAACGUGGUGGUCACAGUUCUCCGAGUGCUUCAGCAGCUUCUCCUCUCCGCCUGUUGGACACAGGUGCUGCUCCGACACAGCGUAAGUCUGUUUUGCAUUCAAUUUUCCUACCAUUUGUCUUCUACAUCUGCGUUUUGUGGCUUUUUACAUUUCCAUUUGACUGUAUUUCUUUGGUUUCCUUCAACGCGACUGAGUCACCGUCUCCCUUCCUAACCACCCACUGAGAUUUUUAUACCGUGCCCUUCACCAUGAAGGUGGCUGGUUACCAUGGUACCAAAGUGCCCUUCUGUUCUAGAUGCUAGAUUAAAGCUGUUCUCAUGGUGACUGUGUGCCUUUGCUAUUCUUCAUCAGCUCGUUUCUGCAGCACAGAUUUAAUAAGCUCAGACAUCGCCAUUCCUUCUCCGUUGAAGAAGGAGACUCCCUAAUAUCUAAGACAGGCCAAUUGCUCCUUAACACGGGGACGUGGUGUGAAGUUUGCAUUUCCUGCAAUACCAGCCUCUCUGUUUUCCUUCCAGCUACGGGAACAGGGAAGGAAGAGGUUGUCCCUGUUGUGUGGCUUGCUGCUGAUCCUGCAACUUAAGUCCAACACCCGACUGCGAAGAGUCAGCAGUUUCCUUCUUCCCGUUGCCUUUCAUCAGCAUGGAUACUUGGCGGAGAGGGUCCAUUAAGUCCACAACGUUCUUCAGACGUUUCUCACUCAGGAGACACAAAAAGCUGGGCAACCAAGUCAUCAUCUUGAAUCAGAACAGCCACACUCUGGACAGCGAUGGACAGUGCCAGAAGAGGGAAUGCUUGAGGGAUCUGAAGGACAAGUCUGAUUACCUGUCGUGUCAGAGUGAGCAAAACCUAGCCAAGGCACAAGCACCUCCCAAGCCUCCCCGGCUGUACCUGGACAGUUCUAGCUGCCCUAACAUCAUCGACCACACAGAUUCUCACUCUGACAUCUCCUUUUCUGGUGCUACUCAUCAAUACCACAAAGCCACUCAAACUCAGUUCCACAAGGACCAGGCUACAGACUGCGGGACCUCAGAGCCGGGUUCCCAGAACGGCACUGCUCUUCCUGACCUGUCUGAUCCCUUCCUGUCCUUCAAAGUGGAUUUGGGGCUAUCGCUUCUCGAGGAUGUUCUGCAGACCCUCAGGAAACAGAACCCAAGAGAUUACGCCAUUUGAAGGUAUUUAUCACUUAACGCGUCACAUUUACUUCCUGCUGCUGCCAGUUUCUGGAAGGAGGAAGGAGACUGCAGCAUUCCUGUCGUGCGUGGCCUGUUUUGUUGUUCUCGCCUUACCCACCACAGACUGUCCUUGUCCCUGCCAAGGAGUCCCUCGGAGCAAAGCUCACAGGCUCCCUGCUCAGAUGAGAGCACUGUCUGAUGGAACUUUGCGGGCAAGUCUCCAUUCUCCACAUGGGGAAUUUCCCACUCUAGACUGCACGUCUUCUCCUCAUGGAAGAAUGGCAUUGUUUGCCAAAAGACUCGUUAUUUUGGGGAUGUGGCUGCGACAUUGCAGAACACGGACAGAAAGGGAUGUGGCACACAUCAUUUGUGGAUAAGCAGGCAGCUUGCAGGGAGACAGUAGCAUUGUGUCUCAAAGCCAUAGCUAUGGCAAGGGUCAAGAGACAGAAACUGGUGUUUCUUCUCCCACCAUGGUUGGAUGUGAAAAAUCAAAGCCGUUCCUCUGGUUUUUUUUUUUUGUCCUGUGGGUUUCUUUUCCCCUAACUCAAGUGCAGUUGGCACGCCCAGCCUGGAAACAGGUAAGCAUCCAUGUAGGCUCGUGAUACAGCAACAGCAGUUUAUUUAUCCUACUA